AUUAAAAUGGGUGUUUGCUCAAGUCAAACUCAAAAAAAUCAUUAGAAACAGCAUGAAAAUAAAAAAUCAGAUUCAACAAAAGAAGAAUAAUAGAAACCAGAAAAUCUAUCAUCAAAUCAUAAAUAGAAACCAGACAGUAAUGAUAUGUUAUAUUUCUAAGUUUAAGGUGACACUGGAGGUCUUGUUAUCACAAGUGCCAAAAUGGGUAGAAUUACUAGAGAUUAUACUUUACUUAAUCCUCCUCUUGGAAGCGGUAUUAUUCACUUUAAUCAUUAUAAUAGGAGCAUAUGGUGAAGUGAGAAAAGGAAUCCAUAAAUAAACUGGUAUUAUGAGAGCAGUUAAAAUUAUACACAAGUCAUAAACAACAAAAGAAGAGUAAGAGAGAUUAAUGAAUGAAGUGCAAAUUCUUUAAAAAUUAGUAAGUUCAGUAAAUUUAGCUUUUAGGAUCAUCCAAACAUUAUAAAAAUUUAUGAAUUUUAUUAGGAUGAUAGAUUUUUUUAUAUUGUUACGGAACUCUGUACUGGAGGAGAAUUAUUUGAGAAAAUUAGAUAUGAAGGAAGUUUUUCAGAAAAAAAAGCAGCUGAAAUUUUAAAAUAAAUUCUUUCUGCUGUAAACUAUUGUCAUCAAGAAAAAAUUGUACAUAGGUAAUCAUUCUACGUUAAAAAAUAAGAGAUUUAAAACCAGAAAAUUUACUAUAUGAAUCUGAUAAAGAAAAUUCAUUAUUAAAAAUUAUUGACUUUGGAACUUCAAGAGAAUUUGAUGUUAAUUAAAAACUAAAUCAAAAAUUAGGAACUCCUUAUUAUAUAGCACCUGAAGUAUUAAAUAGAAAAUAUGAUGAAAAAUGUGACAUUUGGUCAUGCGGUGUAAUAUUGUAUAUACUUUUAUGUGGGUAAUUAGUAUGAUAUAGAUUAGAUUUCCACCUUUCGAUGGUAAAACUGAAGAAAAGAUAAUGGAAAAAGUAAAGAAAGGCGUUUUUUCAUUUGAAUCAAUAGAAUGGGAAGAUGUUAGUAAAGAAGCGAAAGAAUUUAUAAAGAAAUUACUAUAAUAUGAUCCAACAAAAAGAUAUAGUGCUUAAUAAGCAUUACAAGAUCCUUGGAUUAAGAAAUUUACAAAUGCUGCUGAAGUUGAAUAGCCUUUGAUGAAAAAAGUUUUAACUAAUAUGAAAAAUUUUAGAGUAAUUAUUAAUUAUGAAUAUAGUAACAUCAAAAAUUAUAAGAGGCAUGCUUUAAAUAUAUAGUAAAUCAAUUAGCUACUAAAGAGGAAAAGUAAGAAUUAUUAAGGACAUUUUAAUCAUUGGAUACUAAUAAUGAUGGGAAAUUAAGUAAAUAAGAAUUAUUGAUUGGAUAUUAAAAAAUAAUGAAUGCAGAUUAAGCUUUAGAAGAGGUAGAAAAAGUAUUCGCUUAAGUUGAUAAAAAUAAUUCAGGAAUGAUUGAUUAUACUGGUAUAAUAAUAAUUUAGAUAUUAUUAUAGAAUUCGUUAUGGCAACUAUUGAUAGAUAAUAACUAUUAUCUAAAUAAAGAUUGUAAUUAACUUUUAGAAUGUUUGAUGCAGUAUUCAAUAUUAUAAUUAUAAUAGGAUAAAAGUGGUUCGAUAAGUUUAGAUGAACUUAAAUAAAUAUUUGGUGGAAUAUCAGAAGAAAUGUGGAAGUAAGUAGUAUAAGAAGUUGAUCAAAAUUAAGAUGGAUAAAUUUCAUUAGAAGAAUUUUGUGCAAUGAUGAAAAAGAUUGAAUGA